UCCCUCCUCCGGGCUCUCCCUUUCUCUCUCUGCUAUAGAGGUUCCGACAGCAGUUCUCAGCCAGCGUGCUCUGCUUGCUGCCUGCCUGCCUGCUUGCCUGCCUGCGCGCGCGAGUGCAUGUGUGUGUGCGAGCCUGUGCGUGCGCCUACUUUGUACCGCGAGGAACACAGUCCAUGUGCUCUUCUGCAUGGACGUUCCUGAUACUCUGUUGAGCUCCAUUCUCGACCGGCAGGCAAGAUGUCCAGCACACCGCACGACCCCUUCUAUUCUUCUCCCUUCGGCCCAUUUUAUAGGAGACAUACACCCUACAUGGUACAGCCAGAGUACCGAAUCUAUGAGAUGAACAAGAGACUGCAGUCUCGCACAGAGGAUAGCGACAACCUCUGGUGGGAUGCAUUCGCCACGGAGUUUUUCGAAGAUGACGCCACGUUAACCCUUUCAUUUUGUUUGGAAGAUGGACCAAAGCGAUACACUAUCGGCAGGACACUCAUCCCUCGCUAUUUCAGUACAGUGUUUGAAGGCGGGGUGACCGACCUGUACUACAUCCUCAAACACUCAAAAGAAUCUUACCACAACUCCUCCAUCACAGUGGACUGCGACCAGUGUGCUAUGGUCACCCAGCAUGGAAAGCCUAUGUUUACCAAGGUAUGCACGGAAGGCAGACUGAUCUUGGAGUUCACCUUCGAUGAUCUCAUGAGAAUAAAAACAUGGCACUUUACCAUUAGACAAUACAGGGAGUUAGUCCCAAGAAGCAUCUUAGCCAUGCAUGCACAAGAUCCUCAGGUCCUGGAUCAGCUGUCCAAAAACAUUACCAGGAUGGGGCUGACAAAUUUCACCCUCAACUACCUCAGGUUGUGUGUAAUACUGGAGCCAAUGCAGGAACUGAUGUCCAGACACAAAACCUACAACCUCAGCCCAAGAGAUUGUCUGAAGACCUGCUUAUUUCAGAAGUGGCAGCGGAUGGUGGCCCCGCCAGCAGAACCCACAAGGCAGCCGACAACAAAACGGAGGAAACGGAAAAACUCCACAAGCAGCACAUCCAACAGCAGCGCAGGCAACACCACCAACAGCACCGGCAGCAAGAAGAAGACGUCGGCCGCCAGCCUGAGUCUAUCCAGUCAGGUACCUGAUGUGAUGGUGGUAGGAGAGCCAACUCUGAUGGGAGGUGAGUUUGGGGACGAGGACGAGAGGCUAAUCACUAGAUUAGAAAACACGCAGUAUGAUGCAGCCAACGGCAUGGACGACGAAGAAGACUUCAACAAUUCACCCGCCCUGGGAAACAGCAGCCCAUGGAGCAGUAAACCUCCUGCCACCCAAGAGACCAAAUCAGAAAACCCCCCACCCCAGGCUUCCCAGUAAGAACCCACCACCAAGGAUCCUUGCUCCAAAGGCUCCAUGUUUCCCAUCUUCACGUCCAGGAAAGGAAAGCAGCAAAAUUUAAAGAAACAAAAAACACAAACACAAACAAAAAAAGUUUCCACGCCCAUCUCUAAAUCCAAACCACUGCUAUUUGAGUUCCUUGUUUUUUAGUUUUGGUUUGUUUGUAUAUGUUUGUUUGCUGUUUU